GAUGGUUCAUUUGAUGUUAUAGAAGAGUUGACGAAUACCCUAAUAAGGCUGGGCCCAGUAUGAAAGGGCUCCACAGGGGGCGGUUUUAGAAGUUUACUCCAAAAAGUUAUCUGCAGGCUUGGUCAUCGAGAUCAACCUCGGGACUGUAGAUGCCGGAAAUGACGACGUCGCCGGAAAGACAACCGUAGGAAAAAAAGGCGAAAAAGGAAUCCGCGUAGUUGCAAUGGCUACGGCAGCUCCACCCUGCCAUGGUGGGGAGUGAGGUCAUAACGACGUUAACAGCUGAUUGACAGUAGCAUUAGAGCUAAAAAACAAAGAGGAAAAGGAAGAGAGAGAGAGAGAGAGAAGGGGCGGAUGAAGCAAAAGUUAAAAGGAAAGUUGUAUAUAUAAGUUAGGUUGUGUAUCAUUUUUUAUUUUCCAUUGUUGAGUUGCUUUCUUGUUCUUUGUGUUUCUUUCCAACUCACAGGGAAGUGAAUGAGCGAGGAACUGCAUUUCCUCUCUAUUUUAUUAUAUUUUGAAGGCCGCAUCGUUUUCACUCCUUGUUUCAUCAUCUGCCCACUAUUUCAGACCUUCCUCUGCUCAUUUUCAACUGUUCUUACUCUCACACUCAGUCCAUUUUACUCUUAUGAUUGGUCAGCAGAGUAUGAGCUCUUCAUCAGCUCAGCUCUAUGCAUCAAGGAUGGGCAUCUAUGAGCCAUUUCACCAGAUCAACUCAUGGGGUAAUGCCUUCGGUACUCGACUCGAUACCAGCAUAUCGCCUAUUAUAAAAGUGGACGACUGUGUAGACAAUAAACCUGAGUUCGUUCCUUUCGAAUCGAUGGAUCAUCACGAGAGCAGUCAAGAAACGAACAAGCCAGUUGAUGAUAAGGUACAACGACGUUUAACACAAAAUCGAGAAGCAGCUCGUAAAAGCCGUAUGAGGAAAAAGGUUUAUGUACAGCAGUUAGAAACUAGCCGUUUGAAGCUGGAACAGUUAGAGCAGGAGCUAGAAAGAACCAGACAGAAGGGUGUAUACACAGCAAGCUGCUUAGCAGAUACCAGCCACUUGGGAUUCAGCAGAUUGGUAAACCCAGGGAUUGCUGCAUUUGAGAUAGAAUACAAUCACUGGGUUGAAAAGCAAGAGAGACAGAUCACUGAACUCAGAAAGGCAUUGCAGCAAGUUCAUAUAACAACUGAUACAGAACUCCAAAUUUUAGUGGAAAGCGGCUUAAACCAUUACCAUAAUCUGUUUUGCAUUAAAGCCAAUGCUGCAAAGGCUGAUGUUUUCUAUUUAAUGUCUGGUGUAUGGAGAUCAUCAGCAGAGCGUUUUUUCCUGUGGAUUGGAGGAUUUCGGCCAUCGGAGCUGCUAAACGUGCUGACGCCAUACUUUGAGGCAUUAAAUGAACAACAACAGAGCGCUAUCCACAAUUUGCAGCAGUCGUCUCGGCAAGCUGAAGACGCGCUCUCACAGGGAAUGGAAAAACUGCACCAGAAUCUAUCCCUCAGCAUUGCCAGCGAUCCUAUAGGAAGCUAUAUUUCUGAGAUGGGCGAUGGAAUGGAGAAAGCAGAAGCAUUGGAGAGCUUGGUAAGGCAGCCGAGUGUGUGCUACUCUUUUCUGGAACAGGCAGACCAUCUGAGGCAACAAACUUUGAAGAGAAUGUCCCACAUCCUAAGUACCAAACAAGCGGCGCAAGGGUUGCUCGCUUUAGGCGAGUACUUCCACCGUCUCCGUAUUCUGAGCUCCCUCUGGGCCACUCGACCUCGUGAACCUGCGUAGCCAUGGCCAGGGAAGGGUCAGACAUGUUAUGUUCCAGUGACCCAGCAUAUAAGCCAGAUUAUAUACUAUACUUGUGCCUCUUCUCUAUGUAGAAAAGGGAUACAAAUCCUGAUAAUACAAGUUCCACUGCUACCCACAUUUUAGUAAGCCACUUUUCUGGUUUUCGGAAUGUAAAUAUCUUAUAACAGCUUUGUUCAUUAAUUUUAUCUAUUUUUC